AUGUCGCCUGAAAUACUUCAGCCAUCAGCACUCAACGGUACGGAAACAAAGAUGGCGUAGGGACCUCGUCUAUCCGUUCGACGCUGUUGGCCGGACUGAUCAAUAGCUGGUCGUCGUCCUUCUUCUUCAAAGUGCAUCCUGAAUCGACGAUUUUUGUCACUACAAGAACAAUGUAUUUAUUUUUUAAACUAUUUCGAAUAUUAUCUCUGUGAAAAAAACACACGCAGUCAUCUACAUAUACACUCAUCAUUAUAUGCUUGUUUUCACCCUCUAUAACUAUAUUGCCUUUCUCUUUACUCUCUCUAUAUAGUUAUAUGCUGUUUACUCUCUGUACCCCUCUCUCAUUUUCUACAACUCCUCCUCCUGUAACUUUGCUCUCCAACUCCGUCUUCGUCAAACUGCUCUUAACGUUAGUGAUUAUUACACCACACACCGAUCAGCCUUCGCUGUGGUGACCACCACCAUGGCUAACGCUCGGUGCGGCAAUUGCGAAUUAGAGUUCGAUUCUAGCUAUAUCCAUUGUACUGAGUGUCCAAACUUCGACGUGUGUCUUAUAUGUUUUGCAAACGGUGCUGAGAUCGGUAAUCAUCUCAGGGACCAUAGCUAUAAAAUCAUGCAUCUAACUGCCAGAACAGUGAAUGUGUUUGAGACUUCUAAACCUUGGAGCCUGGCUGAAGAAACCAUGCUUCUGGAUGCUGUAGAGCAAUACGGUUUUGGUAACUGGGAGGAUGUUGCCAAUCACGUUAAAAGUAGAACUUUGUCCGAGUGUCAAGAACAUUACGUUACCUUUUAUAUUCACGGCAAUGUUGGCGCAAUUAGUUUCCCUGAUGAAAACACCAGGUCAAACUAUCGCCCCAUUCCGGAUAGCACCCCUCCGAUCAAAAAAGAGAAGAGUACCUCUGAAAACAACGAAGGAAGUGGAGAUGCUUCUGGUGAUAAUGCAAGUUGUGAUAUCAAUGGUUUAAGUAACGGAUCACCCAUGCCCCUUGUUGACUUGACAGCAGCCGAACAGAAAGACCUUGGUUACAUGAUGUUACGUGGUGACUUUGAAAGGGAGUAUGAUAAUGAUGCUGAAGCAGUGAUCAGUUCGAUUGCAAUAAACUAUGACGAUGAGGAACUGGACAUCUUGUUCAAGCUGUCUCAGGUAGACCGCUAUCGAAGUCGUUUGGCUGAACGAGAACGAAGGAAAAGGUUAGCAUGUAAGUUUGGACUUCUUUCAACCAAUGCCUUAUUUUCAAACAACAAUACCAGUGGUAAACCAAAGUCACAGCAGACCAAGAAGACCAAAUCCUCAUCGUCAAGUUCAGCUGGUUCAAAAGAUGACAAAGAUGUCAUUGAUAGAAUGCGAGUGUUUGCUCGUUUCCAGACAUUCCAUGAACACAAGCAGUUUUGUGACAACAUGCAACGCGUCAAAGACGUGCGCUGUCACAUAAAAGACCUCCUCAGGUACCGACGAAAUGGCUUGACCAAAUCGAAUGAAGUGGAGCUUUUUGAAGAAGUGAAAAUUAAAAAAGAGCGUCGAGCUGACAGAAGCAAGAAAGUAGCAAAUUCCUUGAUGAACAAACGUUCCAUGUCUUCAUCAUCGACACUUGUAUCAAAGAAAAAUGAAUGCAAACUAGACAUUAUAAUUGAUGACGAUGAUGAAAAUCCGGACGAUUGUGAUGAUGAAAGCACCAAGGAUAUGUCCUCCCUCCCUAACUAUGAACAACUUUCAAACAGCGAAAAGAGACUUUGUAGUAGUCUUCGCUUAACUCCAUCCAACUACAUAACUAUAAAAACUUCUAUCAUCAGAGAAUCUUUGCAACGACAGCAUGGAUAUCCAGUUAAAAUUCGUUAUCCAAGUUACUUGGACAAAACACAUCGACGGAAAAUAAUUAAUUUUCUGACAAACAAUGGUUGGAUUUGUGUCACUUGAUAAACUUCUCAUUGCAAAUAAUCAUUCUUUGGCCCCAAAAUCCUAAUUUGUUUUUAUUUUAUACAGUAUUUUGGAAGAUAAAAUAUGAAGUAAUUUUAACUGAACAUGAAAAGAAACAUUUAUUUAUAUAUAUAUAUAUAUAUAUAUACACGCACCUCCUCGACUUACGACCACAAAAAAAUAAGAAAAUAAAAAAAGAAAUAAAAAAUUGAUUUUCAGACGUUGGGCAGCUGCUCGUAUGAUAACUGGCAGUAUCUGGCAACGCAGGCCUCUCUCAGACCUCGGCAUCUACUGCUUUCCACUGUCUCUCACUAAGUCAUUUUGAAGCAUCAGUUUUGUUUGAAUGAAAAUAGUGUUGGAAGAUAUAAAUCCGACAUAUGACCAGAUUGACUUACGACUUGUCAGUUGAAACGGAAUUUGGUCAUAAGUCGAGGAGAAGGUGUAUAUGAGAGAGAGAGAGAGAGAGAGGUAGAUAAACACAAGUAACCUUAAUGUGUAUAUUUACGAGUAAAUACAGGUUACAGAAAAUGAUUGCAUAAGCUAUAUAAUAACUUUUGUUUACUUUUUUUCCAUCUAUAUUUUGUAUUCCAUGUAAAUAUAGGCAUUGAGAGCCUACUUGUGUUUAUCAGCCUUUCUGCCUCCAUAACAGCUCAUCAUGGAUUGUUUCUUAUACCUUAUUUUCAAUAUCAGAGGCACCAGUCCUCGAUGGUGGAGUUGGAGUUUAAUUUUUCAUCCAUCUGAGAACUACUACCUACAAACAUAUUUACAGGCUGUUAGGGCUAAAUUUGACAGUUUGCAUAAAAGGAAAAGAAAGCUCUAUUUAUUCCAAAAAUGAAAGUAUUUUAAAACAAGAAAAUUGCAGCAAAGCUGCAUGAAAGUGGCGUCAGAUGUGGUAUGCAGACCAUCAUAUAACUUGUUUGAUAUUGCAUUUUUAUUCUUCUCUUUACUGCAUGUUCAUCCGUCUUUUUCUGGUUCUUACUCAAAACUUUUUCACAGAUCACAGCCAUCUCACAGACUUGUGGUCAUGAGGAGUACUUCAUGCUCCGAUGGUUGUGAAAAAAAAUCAAAAAGUAUCAACUAGAUUAUGGCUGGGAGUUAACAGUUUACUCAAAGUAGCUGCCUGCAGCUUCCACUGUGGCCUCAAGAUGGCUCUGGAACCUGGCGCAUGCAUUCUUCACUGUGUCCCUAUGAAGAUCUUUGUACACCUCCUUGAUCUUGGCCACCAGCUUGGCCUUGGUGUUUGCAGGCAAAACAGCUGGUGUCUUUCUCAACUGUACCCCAUAUAUGGUAACCCAUGGGAUUAUAAUCAGAGGAAUUAGGAGGCCAGAAAUUGGGGUUGAGGAAAUUGUAGUAAUUCUCUAACAACCAUUUCUGACUCUUUCUGGAGUUAUGGCUAAGCACUGAAUCCUGCUGCCACACCUAUAGCAUUCUAGUAGUAACCCUCUCCAGCCAGUGUUUGACCAGUCUCCAGACAUAGCCAUCUGAAUUAGGCCCUUUUCAAAGAUGUGGGGUAGCAUGAUAUCACCCUUACUGGAAACACACCCAAAGACCGUCACAAUUUGGGGGAAUUUGGUUUUCGUGAUGUCCAUGUCACUUCUUACAGCCUUUAAGGUGUUCACAGAGCAUUGAGCAGCAGUCAUGAUGUCGGCAUUUUGUUACCUUUUCCAAUAUUCAGAUGGUUUCCUGUCCUCCAUGUCAGCUAGCUUUUACUCAACUACAACUUCAAUAUUUAUGCUCUCCAAUGCCAUUGACUGUUUAUCAAUACAUCAAACUGUUCUUGAAAAAAAUAUUGUCAAAUUUAGCCUGAACACCCUGUAUAUAUAUCUGCAUAUGUGUAUGUUUGUGUGUGUUAGUAACCUUUGAUCUGAGUUACUGUGUUGAAACUAAACAAUUGAAUCCUAGAAGUGGUAUGAUAACCAGUUGAAAGCACUCAUAUAUCACUAAAUUAAUAUUUGUUUUAAUUUUGCUAAUAGAAGUACAACCUCAGUUUUCCAGAACAUUUGGUUCCAAAGCUAUUCCAGAUUGCUAAAUUUUCUGAACAUCGUGUGGUUACACGUUAAAUAAAACAAAUAUUAAAUUUACUUAGAUAAUUAAAUGAAAUAUAGGUACCUGUACAUUUGUAUAAAUUAUACAAGUUUAUUAAUAUUGUACUGUGCAAGGUGCCUGUAAAUUUGUUUGGCAGCCACACACACACAUACCUGUUUAGUGUUGACUGUCAGAAGAAAGAAUACUUUGAUGUCAUAGUUGAGAUUAAUCAUAUUUUAAUUUUUAUCUUGGCCAAGUCAAUCUCUUGCUACUCUGAGUUUCACCUGUGGGUACAGGCCUUCCAGGCAAGUUUUAUAUAUAUAUCAUUUAAUAUGCACGUUAUUUAAAUAUGAAUUACUAAUAGUUUCAUACUUUGGAAACACAGUAAUUCAGCUGAUUUAUAUAAAGCCGAAUUAUUGUUUUCACAGUAUGACACUAUUAGCUCAUAUUUAAUACUUUGUUUAUUAACUGAUAUUUAUCUCAUUAGAUGGAGUUCUUCUUUUGUUGACUCUACCUAUAACAGAACAGUAAGCUAUCUAUCUAUCUAUCUAUCUAUCUAUCUAUAUAUAUAUGUGCUCAUACACACACACACACACAAACACACACAUUUUCUACAAAUGACUGCUAUUUUCAGAUAAAGACAUAAAGUUCAACUACUUUCUUGUCAGUGAAUUCUAUAACAAGCCAACAGUUGGCUUCUUGCAUACAAAUAUGUCUUUGCAUGAAACUUCAAUCCAGGGCUAGGCCUUAUUUAAUAUUAAAGUCCUGCACAAGACAGCAGGCUGGACAAAAUGCUUACCAGCUUUUCAUCUGUCUCUGUUUUGAGUUCGAAUUCCACCAAGGUUGACAUUGCCUUUUAUCCUUUCAGAGUUGAUAAAAUAAGUACCAGUCAAGUAGUGGGGGUCAAUGUAAUCAAUUUACUCCUUCCCCCUGCAGAAAUAUCAGCCCUUGUGCCUGUAGUAGAAAAGGUUAUUGAAGUCCUAUAUAUUUAUGACUAAUGCAAGCCCAGAGGCAGCAAUCUUUUGUAUAUGUACUUAUUGUGUGUGUCUUGUCAGAAUGUUCACCAAGGAAAAUGAGGCAGGACAUAUGUGAGUCUAGGUUUUUACUUUUGAAAUCCAAGAUCACCUGUAAAGAAAGGUAUUUGAUUGGAGGUCUGUACAUCCAAGUUUGACUUUGGCAAAGGGAAUGGAAGUUUUCUGCCACUAAUACCAACUGUGGUCUUACUACAUGCUUUGUUUGUUUCUUUUUUUUUUUUUUUUCUGUAGUGGUUUCAGUUAUUGGACUAUAGCUGUGCUGAGGCACAUUUUUUUCUUUUUUUCCUUUUUCUUUUUCUUUUUUUUUUCUUUAAAUAUAAAUUUGUAAAGUAAAAAUUAAAUCUUCACUGCCAUAUACAAUCUACUACACAAUAUGUAUGAUUUUUCUGAAGGCGGUGAGCUGGCAGAAUUGUUACCGCACUGAACAAUACUUAGCGGUAUUUCAUUUGUCUUUAUGUUCUGAGUUCAAAUUUCACCAAGGUUGACUUUGCCUUUCAUCCUUUCGAAGUCGAUAAAAUAAGUAUCAGUUGACCGCUGGGGUCAAUGUAAUCAACUUACAUCCUCCUUCGAAAUUGCUGGCUUUGUGCCAAAAUUGGAAACCAAUAUAUAUGAUUUGCUGUCUGUGCAUUUAUGUAUGUUGUGUUGUAUGUAUAAGGUGCAUAUAUAUAUAUGUAUCUUUAUUUUUGCAAUACAUAUAUAUCACAGAUGUAUGUUUUUCUGUGUGUCUUUAUGUGCACACAUUCAGUACAUUUAGUGUAUAUGUGAAUAUGUUUGUGUGUAAAUAUGUAUAAUACUUUUUUUAAAGCAAAUCCAAAAGACAAAAAUUAAAAGAAAAAACAUUUAAUAAA